UUGCAAUGUUAGCGGCAUUAUUUGAAAGUAUCUGUGCAUGAUCAGACUUGACAGCUGAAUCAGUGUUGAUUUGUGUUGUUAUAAAAAUCAAACACUCAGCGUCUUAACACUGAAACAAGAAGAUGGCAGUCACAUUGGAGGAUCCAUCACUGGAGCGGCACUUCAGGGGCCACCGAGACACAAUUACGGGGUUGGACUUCAACCCCAACAUGACCCAGCUCGCGUCUGGCUCGAUGGACUCAUGUUUGAUGGUGUGGAACUUCAAACCAAAGAUGAGAGCUUACAGAUUCGUAGGACACAAGGAUGCUGUGAUGUCCGUGUGUUUUUCCCCGUCAGGACAUUUAGUGGCGUCCUCAUCCCGAGACAAAACCGUCAGACUGUGGAUUCCUAGUGUUAAAGGAGAAUCGACCGUGUUCAAGGCUCACACCGCCACGGUGAGGAGCGUCGACUUCUCUGCAGACGGUCAGACUCUGUGUACAGCAUCCGACGACAAGACGGUCAAGUUGUGGGCGGUGCACAGACAGAAGUUUCUUUUCUCUCUCACACAGCACAUGAACUGGGUCCGGUGUGCCAAGUUCUCGCCAGAUGGCCGCCUGCUGGUGUCGGGAAGUGAUGACAAAACCGUCAGACUCUGGGACAGACAGACCAAACAAUGUAUCCACUCGUUUUUCGAAACUGGAGGUUUUGUAAACCAUGUUGAAUUCCAUCCGAGUGGGACGUGUAUCGCGAGUGCUGGGACUGACGGAAGUGUGAAAGUGUGGGACAUCAGGAUGAACAAGAUAUUACAGAAUCACACAGCUCACUCCGGUCCGGUCAACAAGCUGUCGUUCCACUCGACUGGGAACUAUCUCAUCACCGGCUCGGACGACGCAACCAUCAAGAUAUUUGACCUGCUGGAGGGCAGAAUACUGUACACGCUUCACGGUCACCAGGGACCGGUCACUGCUGUAGCGUUUUCCAGAAAUGGAGAAUAUUUCUCAUCUGGAGGCUCGGACGAACAGGUGCUAGCGUGGAAGACGAACUUUGAUCAGAUUGAUGUUAAUGAGGUGUUAUCACAGCGUAAGAAGGAGCGGUCCCAGCCCAUCGUCGAGGAUAUCCCACCGAGGUCCAAGCUGCGCUCCAAGUCUCCAAAACGACUUGACGCUAAGUUGGCCGUGCGCAGCAUGGAUGAUGAGGAACCGGCCAUAACAGAUGUGGGGCCCGCACUCUUCCAGUCUGAGACAAGCAUGGCGAAUGGCCGUUUUUUUAGUGACUACGAGAUGAGUUCGGCGGAUCGCGGCGCGGGGGAUGUCAAUUACUCAGCGGCGGAUCCGUCAGCAUCGCGGUCCGUGACACAGACCCUGGAGUCACGGUCUCUCCCCCCACAGUUAACACAGUUCAUGGAAACCAUCGCCGGCCAGCUCGACAUUCUCACUCAGACUGUUUCCUUGUUGGAGCAGAGGUUGACGAUGACGGAGAACAAACUGAGGGAAUGUCUGGACAAUCAGCAGAAAAUCACUCUGCAAGUCCGACCCACUGACUGAUGUUCAUCAGAUGACUACACACAUUAAUCAUAUACAUACAACUUUCUCAAGUCAGACCCACUGACUGAUGUUCAUCAGAUGACUAUACCCAUUAAUCAUAUACAUACAACUUUCUCAAGUCCGACCCACUGACUGAUGUUUGUCGGAUGACUACACACAUUAAUCAUAUACAUACAACUUUCUCAAGUCAGACCCACUGACUGAUGUUAUCAGAUGACUACACACAUUAAUCAUAUACAUACAACUUUCUCAAGUCCAACCCACUGACUGAUGUUCAUCAGAUGACUAUACCCAUUAAUCAUAUACAUACAACUUUCUCAAGUCCGACCCACCGACUGAUGUUUGUCGGAUGACUACACACAUUAAUCAUAUACAUACAACUUUCUCAAGUCAGACCCACCCACUGAUGUUCAUCAGAUGACUACACACAUUAAUCAUAUACAUACAACUUUCUCAAGUCAGACCCACCCACUGAUGUUCAUCAGAUGACUACACACAUUAAUCAUAUACAUACAACUUUCUCAAGUCAGACCCACCCACUGAUGUUUGUCGGAUGACUACACAUAUUAAUCAUAUACAUUCAGACUUCGUCUACACGUCUCUCCAACCAUCUGCUGAAGUCCCCACAUGACUUCAUUCUCACUCUAAACUCAGGGCCAAAUUGCUAAAUGUGAUUUAAAGUUUAAUUUAGUGAAUAUAUGCAAUUAAGCUAAUUUAAAAAAUGUUUGUUGUUUGAAUGUGUAUAGCUAUUUUUAAAAUAAUUCUGUUUAGCUAAAUGUUACUUGAAUUUGGCUGCAAAUUUUCUGACAAAUUUGGUGACUUUCUAGCAGUGUGAUACAUUUAUAGGUUUAUAAAGUAUCCUGAGGAAACAUGAUAACUAAGCCUGCAGUCCAACUGAAUCUGUCUCUAAUUUGUCCUACUUUUUCUCAAACUUUGUACAUAGACACUGAAGUGAUAAGAAAAUUGAACAAGAGCUGGAUUUUAAUAUUUUUCAUAGAUUUAGUAAAAAUGUGACUAGUUUUUAAGUAAACAUGUUCUUAACUGAAUAGAUGGCUGAUAUUUCCCUAUUGUCUAACUGUCUUAAGUGGUAUCUCUCAUUGUGUAACCCUGGAAACUGCUGUGACUGCCUGGAGUAAGCAGCUUACGUCUUUGAACGUGACAACAUUAAUUAGUAACACAUACUUCUCUAGUUCCGCAACAAUACAAGUAGAAAUCAUUUCAUGAAAAUCAUACACCACGGGAUCCUGUUACCCUGGUGAUGCAUCCUAGGAUCCUGUUUACUCUGGUGAUGCAUCGUAGGAUCCUGUUACCUUGGUGAUGCAUCCUAGGAUCCUGUUACCCAGGUGAUGCAUCCUAGGAUCCUGUUACAUUGGUAAUAUAUCCUAGGAUCCUGUUACCUUGGUAAUACAUUGUAUAUCCUAGAAACUUGAUAUUUUGGUGAUACAUGCUAACAUCUUGUUACCUUUGUGAUACAUUUUAGAAACAUGUUACCAUGGUGACGGAUCCUAGGAUUAACUUUUAACACUACAGGGACAUUUCAUUUCAUCCAUAUUCAUUCACUGUGGCCUUCAAACAGCUGUAUUAGACCCUGGAGACGAUGGUUUUAAUUUAUUCAGUUGAUGUCUGUGAUAUUAGUGUAUGUAAUUCUAGUGUAUGUAACACACCAUGUAGAUAGUAUGGUAUUAAACAUGUAAAUCUACAACAGGUGUUAUCUUGUGUAUAUGAAUCUCUUUUAUAGUGUAUGUAACACACCAUGUAGAUAGUAUGGUAUUAAACAUGUAAAUCUACAACAGGUGUUAUCUUGUGUAUAUGAGAUCUCUUUUAUAGUGUAUGUAACACACCAUGUAGAUAGUAUGGUAUUAAACAUGUAAAUCUACAACAGGUGUUAUCUUGUGUAUAUGAAUCUCUUUUAUAGUGUAUGUAACACACCAUGUAGAUAGUAUGGUAUUAAACAUGUAAAUCUA